GUUGUGAUGUGUGUGUGCAGCAGCACUGCUAUUAAUAUCCACUUUCGGUGUCACACAAUACGCAGUUAAUCCAUUCUCUCUCUCUCUCUCUCUCUCUCUCUCUCUCUCUCUCUCUCUCAAAUUGGUGACUGAUCCACAAUCUCUUCAUCUUUCUAUUCAUUCAUACAAAAAUACUAGGAAGACAUGGCAGAUGAUCAGUCAUAUGAAGAGGCUAUUGCAGAGUUGACGAAGCUUCUAAGUGAGAAAGCUGAUCUUGGAGGUGUUGCUGCCGCAAAGAUCAAGCAAUUAACGACUGAGCUGGUGGCUGUCAAGUCUAAUUCUUUUAACCCGGAUGAGAGAAUUCGAAAUGGUUUCGUCCAUUUCAAGAAUGAAAAAUUUCAGAAAAAUCCAGAGUUGUAUGGUGAACUUUCCAAAGGCCAGAGCCCAAAGUUUCUGGUUUUCGCGUGCUCGGACUCUCGAGUUUGCCCAUCCCAUGUUCUUGAUUUUCAACCUGGUGAAGCCUUUGUGGUCCGAAACAUUGCCAAUAUGGUUCCACCAUAUGACAAGAGCAAGUAUUCAGAAACAGGGGCUGCCAUUGAAUAUGCUGUCUUACAUCUAAAGGUUGAGAAUAUUGUAGUUAUUGGACACAGCUGCUGUGGAGGUAUAAAGGGCCUCAUGUCCAUCCCAGAUGAUGGGACCACUGCAAGUGACUUCAUAGAGCAAUGGGUUCAAAUUUGUAAUCAAGCAAAGUCCAAAGUUAAAGAAGAAGCAAGCAAAUUAAAUUUCUCUGAGCAAUGUACCAACUUGGAGAAGGAAGCUGUUAAUGUAUCUCUUGGGAACUUAAUGACUUAUCCAUUUGUGAGAGAUGCGGUUGUGAAGAAAACCAUAGCUUUGAAAGGUGCACAUUAUGAUUUUGUUAAGGGAGCAUUUGAGCUGUGGGAUAUAGACUUCAAAAUUUCACCCUCAAUGUCCUUUUAAGAUCAAUAAGGCAUCAAAAGGAAGGAUUCAUACCCUUCAAUGCAUCAUGAACAUCACUCCUCAAGUCUUUUAUUUACUUAAUAUAUAUCCUAAAAAAUAAUGGUAUGCAUAAUAAUGGUAUAUGGUAUUCAUAUUAGUUUUUGGUUUGUAUUGGUUGCUGUUAUAUAUUGUGGGUUUUAUUCCAAAAUUUUUAGAAUAAUGUACCCAUAAAAUUUGAGCAAUGUAUUGGGUAUCAAACAUUUUUAUUUUGUGCAAAUCUGCUAAUGUAGUCAUCU